CUUGGGCGCUGUAUAGCCAGCCUCCAAUUAUGAAGCAUCGAUUGCGUCCCGCUGACGGGGCCAUUUAUUAAAAUUCCCGGCCGACGGAUUGAUUGCCUGCAUCUCUGCCUGAGAACUUGAACUUGCCUUGCACUGCAACAUCAUCCGUUCCAUUGCGGCGGUGCAGGUAUCACCCACACAUUGUUACGACGACAUCCAUCCAGAUGACCACUGUUGAUGCACAUUUGCCGCCUUUUUCCUUCUAGAAGUCCCGCAAAAGAACCAACUCUUCCCUCCUUCAGCUGAUCCUUUGCCUGCCCUCCGAUCUCAGUCUAUAGCAAGACUACUGCAUCUCGCGCCCAGUCAAUUGCCGCUCCGCAGCCUCCACGCUCCCGGCGAGAUUGCGAUCACCGUCAUCCUCACACUUCUACUCCAGAUCAGCUCUCACAGUCCUCAGACCAGGCUAUCUUUCUUUCCAACCAUUUGGCAUCGUAUUUUGCCUCUUGAACCAUCCUCAAACUGCGGCUUUGUUACGGUCGUGGUUGGGUUCCUGUUGCGUUGCGGAUUACAGAGGCCGAAAAUCGCCGAAUCAGGCACCUCUGCUCACCGUCAGGCCCUCCAAGAACCCAAACUAUCCCGCAACUGUGCCACUCAGCAGGAUGUCUUCUUGAUAUCAUGCUUUUCGGCACGUCACUGCAAUGGGUAUGAUGAGGAUGCCUCAGUAACAGCAGUCAGCAAAGCCUGGGUGUCGUCUCAGCUCGAGUCGCUAUGGCUUCGGCCGAGCAAUCGCCUGUGGACUCUAAAGGCAAGGUCUCCAAGCGUUCUUCUCACUCCUACACCAGUGAGGAAUGGCGGAGGCAUCGGCCGCUUAUUACUCGAUUAUAUUUUGAAGAAGGCCGGACGCUUAAGGAUGUGGCAGAGUAUUUGAAAAGGGAAUUUGAGUUCGCUCCGACAGAGCGUAUGUAUAAGAGCCGACUCCACUCAUGGGGUCUUGACAAGAAGAAGAAAGAGCAUGAGAUGUUGGAAUUGGUCCGUCAGGGGCUACAACAGAAAGGGGACGAUAAGGAAAAGGUGUUUCUAGUUCGGGGAAGGCAGGUCACCCUCGCGGAUGCCCUCCAUUACUUCAACCGCAAAGGCAUCAAGGAUCCCUCUAGCCUGCUGGACGCCCAGCCUGAUGCUUCUGGAGAUUUUUCUUCGCCAGAGGAGGCAGGCGCCAGGACCCCAAUCUCAUCUCACGACGACAUGCUCGAUGCUGCUCAAGAUAUAUCCGACUACGAAUUCACCCGGAGUCCUCUGCAAAUGGAUGACCUGGACAAGUUGAACAUUCCCCUGUCGCUCCCGUUGUGCAACAUCGCCGAACAGCGUCUCGAAAUUUUACAGAAAGCCCUUCACAUACCCGACCUCCCUCCUAUGCCACCUUUCCGGACGCUGGCGGUGGAAUCGUUUGUAGCUCACACCCCGGUCACCGCGGAUGACCAGCGAUAUCUGGACCUGAUUUUCCAAAAUAUGCAGAAACAUUACAUAGGCCUCUUUUCUAGGAGGAAUCUUACCAUUCAAUACACGACCGGGACCUGGACAGCAACCUCGGAUGAUGCUCUAGCUGAUCGAUUUUACUACUCAAUGUACCACGGCUAUUCAUUUUUGUGGAACGGCCAGAAAAAGCGAGCAUUCGACAACUUUUACAAAGCCUUUGCGUUGAUCGAGAGUCUCUUGAAAGAGGACCAGGUUGGCUUCAUGAUCUACGUUUUUGACCUCAUCAUCCGACACGACGGCACGGGAUAUGAACAGCCAUUGUUGAUGCUCUUACAGCAAUUGGGGGACAUGGCCAAGACUGUCUUCGGAUCCGAGGACCAUCCAGUCACGCUCAUCGCCAACUACCUGCAACAUGCACGAAUGUCUCGAGCGUGGUUAGCCGAAUCCACGUUACGAAGACUGCUCGACUUCUUCCAGGACAGCAUAGGAUACUUUCACCCUGAGACGAUUGCGUUGCUGCAGACGUUUGCUACGGGCCUAAUGAACCGCAAUCGUUUCCCUGAAGCUGCUGUGCGCUUCCAACAGUUGGUGGAUGCCUUUGAAACGACGCUGAGCAAGGGAUGCUAUGAAGUCUGUUACGCCUUACGGGCCACUUCUGAAGCCUAUUUCCAUAUGGAACAAUAUCCACAGUCCCUCCAAGCGCUGAAAGAAGCGCUCAAGAGGGCUGAAGGCCUGCCUCGGGCAGAAGAGCGGGAGAUCUACGUUCGAUGUCUGAGAGGGAUCGCCGAGAUCUCCAACAAGCUCGGGCGGAAAGAGGAAGCCAAUGAGACGAUGCAAUAUGUGGUCAGCAUCUGUCGGGAGGCCUUUGGGCCCGAGCAUCCUUUUACGAACCGGGCGAAAAUGCAUAUGAAAUCGAUUCUCAAAGGUGAUGCAGCCUCUGUGUCGUCUAUCCCGCCUAUGGUCUACAGGUUGGGCCGUGGAGGCAAUGCAGCCAAAUAUAUUUGGAUUUCGAGAUGUAGCCCGACGCGGUUACAAGCUUGAACGCCUGUUUAAAAUAUUUCACACUAUGAUGACGACUGUAACGACUCUGCACGACGGAAGGCCUCGGUGAUACUUGUUUUCAUUUUUUUCUCGGCAAUGGGCAACACUUGUUAUGCGCACCAUACUCUCUCCGAUACCAUCCAGCGAGAUUAAGUGGUGCGAAGAAAACCGGACUUUUGACCCUCAUUCCACCAUUCCUGGUUCGCAGGUGAUGGCGUCCGAAUGACGGAACUGGUGUGACCUCUUUACCUUUCUAUGACAGAAUGCGGCCGUGAGGAGCUUUAUUUUGUGGUUGGCAGUCGGCGGCAGUCGGUGAUUCAUCGGUCUGCGGAGUGAUUCAAUGCCGCGUCUGAUGAUGAAUGUAUGGGGAAAGCCUGUCUUGGAAGAAGGAUGUUUCUCAUCUCGUACAAGCUUUCGACAAGGCCGGACGCAAACAGAGUUGUCCAAAGCUUCGGAAGGGGGAUACAAGGUGAUGUUGAGACUGGGAGAGCAGUCAUGUAUGCAAUGAUGAUACAACUAUUACAUUUUCCUGCCCUUGAGUGGCUGACGGGAGGGUUUUCGGCCUACCUAGUAGUAGUACCUUAGCAGUGCCACUACUGGUACUGAUGAAACUGGUUUUGAUACGCCUUCGAUUCCGAGUCAGCCUUAGUAGUGAGGGGGACUGAUGAACAGGAGGAGCCUGAGUUUGCUUGACUGCAGUGCCAGUGUCAGUGCUUGAACUCCGAGACUAGACAGACGAGGCAUGACAGCCCAAUCCGCAAUGGCCCAAGGCUGAAGAUAUUCCGCAGCUAGUUGCUUGCAGGUGGUCAGCGC